AUGGUUCUUCCUAGAUUGUUCAACUCUGCAUCACGCAGUGCUUUCACUGCUGCCAAGCGUACCGUCAUGUUCAACAGAGGUAUGGCUUCAGCUGCUCCAGCUGCUGCUGGUAAGGUUAGAGCUGUCAUUGGUGCUGUCGUCGAUGUCCAAUUCGAAGAAGGUAACUUGCCUGCUAUUUUGAACGCUUUGACCUUGAAGAACGGUGACCAAGAUUUGAUCUUGGAAGUUUCUCAACAUUUGGGAGAAAACACCGUCAGAACUAUUGCUAUGGAUGGUACUGAAGGUUUGGUCAGAGGUACCGUUGUCAACGACACUGGUGCUCCUAUCUCAGUCCCUGUCGGUAAGGGUACCUUAGGUAGAAUUAUCAAUGUUGUUGGUGAUCCAAUUGAUGAAAGAGGUCCAAUUGAAUGUACUCAAAGAAACCCUAUCCACACUGAACCUCCAUCAUUCGUUGAACAAUCCACUUCUGCCGAAGUUUUAGAAACUGGUAUCAAGGUUGUCGAUUUGUUGGCUCCUUACGCUAGAGGUGGUAAGAUUGGUUUGUUCGGUGGUGCCGGUGUCGGUAAGACCGUUUUCAUCCAAGAGUUGAUUAACAACAUUGCUAAGGCUCACGGUGGUUUCUCUGUUUUCACUGGUGUCGGUGAACGUACCAGAGAAGGUAACGAUUUGUACCGUGAAAUGAAGGAAACCGGUGUCAUCAAUUUGGAAGGUGACUCCAAGGUGGCUUUGGUCUUCGGUCAAAUGAACGAACCUCCAGGAGCUAGAGCUAGAGUUGCUUUGACUGGUUUGACCAUUGCCGAAUACUUCAGAGAUGCUGAAGGUCAAGAUGUCUUGUUGUUUAUUGACAACAUUUUCAGAUUCACCCAAGCUGGUUCCGAAGUGUCUGCUUUGUUAGGUCGUAUUCCAUCUGCUGUCGGUUACCAACCUACUUUGGCCACUGAUAUGGGUGCUUUGCAAGAACGUAUUACCACCACCAAGAAGGGUUCUGUUACUUCUGUCCAAGCUGUCUAUGUCCCAGCUGAUGAUUUGACUGAUCCUGCUCCAGCCACCACUUUUGCUCACUUGGAUGCUACCACUGUGUUGUCCAGAGGUAUUUCUGAAUUGGGUAUUUACCCAGCUGUCGAUCCUUUGGAUUCCAAGUCCAGAUUGUUGGAUGCUUCUAUUGUUGGUAAGGAACAUUACGAUGUUGCUACCAAUGUCCAACAAACCUUACAAGCUUACAAGUCUUUGCAAGAUAUCAUUGCCAUUUUGGGUAUGGAUGAAUUGUCUGAAUCCGAUAAGUUGACUGUCGAAAGAGCCAGAAAGAUUCAAAGAUUCUUGUCUCAACCUUUUGCUGUUGCUGAAGUCUUCACUGGUAUCCCCGGUAGAUUGGUUAGAUUGAACGACACCAUCAAGUCUUUCAAGGAAGUUUUGGAAGGUAAGUACGAUCACUUGCCAGAAAACGCUUUCUACAUGGUUGGUGGUAUUGAAGAUGUUGUCGCCAAGGCUGAAAAGUUGGCUGCUGAAGCUAAAUAA